UGCUAAGGAAGUAGCAUUGUUUGGGACAUGAGAAUGAACCAAAAGUGAAGUUGACAGACAGGGCAAACAAACGUAAUGUUAACGUAAAAUAAAACUCUGAUAGGCGGCUAUGUGUGGCGUCCACUAACCGGGGACACAUGGAUUUCCUCACUCUGUUUGUUAUCUACGUCGCGGUGGUACUGACAUGCAUAGCCCUCGUCUGCAAAUACUCAGGCCAGCAACAAACUCCCUUUCAUACAAUCUUCAAUGCUGUAGCGAAGGUUUUUGCACCUAUUACACCAAAAUGGUUGCAGAAGUUUUCACAGUGGGCCUUGCACAGACUGUUUCAUCAAAGAAGCAACAUGUUCAUCUAUGUGCAUCUCCUGCUGGAGGGAGCUGUGUAUGCAGAAUUUACCUACGAGGUGUUCGGGUACUGCAGAGACAUGGACACCACUCUAACCAGCCUGUCUGUGCCUUACAUCCUUUUGGCCUUCAAGUCCUCCUUCUUCUACCUCUGCAUCAAGAGAGAUCCAGGUACAGUGACAAAGAAAAAAGUUGCUGGUCAGCUACAAAUCUACCCAUACGACAAGAGGCUGUUUCACCCUGGAGUUGCCUGUCCAACGUGCCAGCUUGUAAAGCCAGCUCGCUCUAAACACUGUAGGGUCUGCAACAGGUGUGUUCAACGGUUCGACCACCACUGUGUCUGGGUCAACAACUGCAUCGGUUCUCAGAACACACGCUACUUCUUGCUUUACCUCUUCAGUCUGUGCGCUAUGGCAGGUGACAUUGCCCUGCUUACAGCAGACAUGCUGCUUCAUGCUGUACUGCGAUCUGGUCUUCUGAGAUCCAGUUACAUAGAUGAGCAUGGUCUGCAGCAGCAAGCAGGGCCUCUGUUUGUUGUACAGCAUCUUUUUCUAAGUUUCCCCCGAAUCAUCUUCAUGCUGGGCUUUCUGGUCUUUGUCUUCUUCCUGCUGGCAGGUUAUGCCUUAUUCCAUACCUACCUGGCUCUGGUAAACCAGACGUCCAAUGAGUGGUACAAAAGUCGAGGCUAUGUUUGUCAGCACUGUCACCCAAGUACAACAGCUGACCAUUUCUGCAGCCCAGCACCAGACCAGUCCAAAAGACACUACUAUAGCAGAGGACUGCUGCGAAAUCUGGGGGAAAUUUUCUUCCCUCCACAACCUGUUCAGAAAAAAGACAACUGAAAAAAAAAAAAAAAAAACCUGCCUUAUGUGUACACUACCACUGGGAAAAUAAAGUUUACAUCAGUGAUUUC